UGGCUUUACUUCUCUCUCGUUAACAACUCGUUAAGCUUCGUAUUCAGGUAUCGUCCGAGGGCCGAAGUCUGAAUCAUUUCCGUCCUUAGAACCUCCUCAAAUCUUCAGUUCGGACACUAUCAGAAGCAAAUGUUUCUGCGAUGCGGAGUGAACUUAUCAUGACAAGGAGAACUUUAUCGUCCCGCAUCAUUGGUGAAAGGGCGAAGGACGUCACUGGAAUGACAAAGUGAUUAUCCCGACCCUCAGGCCUCUGCGCUCAGCGAUGAGCUUGCUUUUAUCGCACUUCAAGCGAGCGAUUUUAUGAACAUUAUAGGCAUCACGGAAACUGCAACUUUCGAAUCUGUGAAAGGGGCUUCGCUUUUCGUCAAAACAUGACCACAACCUCCCAUCGAAAUUUUACCCAGGGCGGACUUUAAUGGGAGCUAUAGUAAUGGAGCAGACAUGUGAAGGAUGCUAACGUUGCGAUGAUACACACCAAGAAGAGCAAACCCGUGAGGAUGAAGAUUCAAUUUUGUUUGCCACUGCGGCCAAUGGCCAUCCUCUCUGCCUCGGCGAAUCAUAUACAAGCGGUCCGUUCCGAAGCCCGCAUAAAGGAGAGGUUUUUUUCACAAAAGAUUUUGAUACGUGACGAUGUAGGGCGAAUGACGUGCUUCAUUGACCACCUCGCGCAACUAAUACGAUAUAAGGGAAGUACCGUUGAAAAACAUGUACAUUGUACGUUCCUUCCACCAGCUCAAGGAAAUAAAAUCAUGUCUACUGCUACCACGACAUUGACAGAGGCGCUUGACGCAAACUUCUCUCGACUCUCACUCUCUGCUUCUCCUGUGCCAUCCACUCGUCUACCUCUUCCUUCAUGGAAAGCGCCACCACCAACCCAAGAGGAAGUGGAAUGGGCUGAUAUUUUGACCGUCGAUCUCUCCCUGUACGAAACCAAUAAGCCUAAGCUCAUCGAGACGGUGCAGACGGCACUACAGAGAGAUGGUUUCUUCUACGUUAUUGGCCAUGGGAUUGAUGUUGAGGAGCUGAAUCGCCAGUUUGAUAUCGGACAGGUGGCUUUCGACCAGGUCCCGAGAGAAGAGAAGGAGGAACAUCGCGCACAGAUCAAGGAAAAAGGAUCGUUCAUGGGAUACAAGCUCCAGAAUUACUGGGAAAUCAAAGACGGCGUGAGAGAUAGAAUUGAACACUAUAAUUUUUACAAUAACAGCAUUGACCCAGUGACACGGCACCCAACCGCACUCCGACCAUUCGUUCCGGAAGUUAAGGAAUUCCUUAAUACCAUGCGCCAGACUGUUCUCCACAGGGUUCUGAACCUGAUAGACGGCGUCCUAGGAUUAGAUGAAGGAUACCUUUGGGAACUACACCAAAAUUCCGAAGGGGAGAUGGGAGACGACCUUUUCCGUUACAUGAUAUACGACCCGCUUACCGGAGAAGAAUCCCAAAAGACAAACGGAGUGAUGCUUAAUGGUCACACUGACUUCAAUAGUAUAUCCACCCUCAUAUCACAGCCAAUCACGGCGCUCCAGGUUCUCAUGCCAGACAAUGUCUGGCGAUAUGUAAAGCACAAGGACGGAGCUUUCGUCAUCAACAUCGGAGAUCAGCUAUCCUUCAUGACCGGUGGAGUUUUGAAAGGAACUAUGCAUCGAGUUGUCAGUCCUCCGGAAGAUCAACGUGCCCUCCGCCGUCUUGGUGUAUUCCACUUUGCACACUUUAGAAACAACAUUCCACUCAAUCUCCUUCCUUCGAAGAAAGUGCAUGAGGAGGGUCAUAUUAUAUUUGAAGGAGAGAUUCCGACGACAAACGAAUGGGAAGAAAGGCGCGUAAAGAGUUACGGCACAUCAGAAUUUAUCAAAGGCGAAGUGUAUGAUAUUGAAGUCAUCGCGGGACUUCAAGUUCGACAUUAUCAUUAGUGAGGUGUAGACACGGAUUAAAUGUAUGAAUACCCUGUGGUUUUUGUAGGAGUAUAGCUUUUCAGAUAGGAACUUCGUGUGUUUUGAAAUUCAUUUAUGGGUCCAGGGCCCAGACUCCUGUUGUACUCAACCGACUUUCUUUCGCGGUAACAAACAAAUAAACG